AACGUCAUGACGCCGUGAGACGACGAUGACGUUUGUUGCGUCAUCAGCUGCGUGGUGCUGAUUUGAAAUGUUUACAAACUGAACUCACCUCCACCUCCUCCUCCUCAUCCUCCUCCACCUCCUCCUCCUCCACCUCCUCCACCUCCGCCUCAUCUCGCAUGUUCAACAUCCUGCAUCAUCACGUCCAGGGAAACGAUGAAACCACGGGAAGUGAUAGGAAGCCUCGUUUACGUUUUUCUCAGUGCCCGGCUGGAUCAGCAAUGAGCAGGAGAAACAUGGAGGUGAACAAUGAGGAGUCCAGCAGUGACAGGGUUGAGCUGACGGUCGGGGUGAAGAGAUCCAAAAAAUCAAGAAUGCCACCCGAGCUUUCUUUGUGUUUCUGUGAGAACGGUGAAGCCUGCGUGCAUCAUCAUCAUCAUCGCAGCGAUGAUGAACACGAGGAUGAUUCUGACAAUAAUUACGGCCCCGGCACUGUUUACGCAAAAGUGGAGGCAUCACAAAGGGACGUCCAGCGUGGAAAGGACAAAGGGACUGCUGCAGCACAAACACAGAUGCCAAGCACAAAGCCCAAGGCCAGGACGCCGGUAGCAUGCAGGCGGCUGAUUGAUGGGAACGAGGCGGCCUCUCUCAGGGACCAAUCUCAUCAGCCGUUGGUAACAUUCGAAGGAGCUGUGACUUCUGCGAGCAGUGGAGCCUCUUCAGUCCGUGCAUCCAUCAAUGUGAAAGCUCCAGGAUCGGCUUCUCAACAGGAUGAAGCACAGAAAAUGAACAGGACGCUGUGCAACGACACCCGAGAGGAGAACAAAGUCCAGUACUCCAAAGAGCUUUUACUGCAGAUGGAGGAGAGAAAGCAACAGCUAGGACAGGAGAGAAGUCAAAAACUUGUCGAUGAACGAAAGCACAAUGAGGCCAUACACUCUUUCUGGGGGAUGCCAGGGAACGGUGCCCCAAACUACCACCUGGGCACAUCGAAAAGGACCAAAAGCCUUUCCGCCGCAGGGAUUUUACCCCAAGAUCAGAUCCGCGAUAAAUGGACUCAGGACCCCCCUCAACCGUCUGUGAAAUGAAGACCAUAGCAUCCCCGAGCCGAGACAUUCGAGAGCUACGGGUCAGUCGGUCAGAUAUUUGAAAUGGCGAAUUCUGAUGUUGAAAUACGAAACGAAAUAAACCGAAAGCAAAAGAACAAAACACGCAGAGUGUGAACGGUUUGAGGACACGGAACAAGUGAGCCUGUUUACAGCUGCAUGUGUUGCUACAUGAACAGGUGCCUGCAACAGCAACAUUUUCUACUCGGCAUACCAAGAAUGGACUCGUGGCCUCGGCUGAUUCACACCAGUGGACACGCUGACCUGCUUAUAAGGAGCAGUUUUGGGGUUUGUUGUCUUUGCUGUUCUGUUCAACUCUUUCAUAAAGGGGUGCUGAGUGACUAACUUGUAUAAGUUUAUAGCAGACGAGGCUGAAAUAUCCUGACACGCUGGAUCCUACAACUCCCAAAAUGCAACACAGCAGCAUCUUUCAUUAGACCCUCCCUACCUUUUAAAUGCCCACUUCUUUCAAACACUU